AUGGCUAGAAGAAGGCUAAUCUUCUCAUUCGCUGCUUAUUCAAUUACUAUGAGUGGUCUGGAACAAGAUUUAAAGAAUAAACCUACAUGUCUGAUUAUCCUUGGUAUGGCGGGCUCAGGCAAAACAACAUUUGUAAACAGGCUUUCUGAAUAUUUAACAACUACUUCAAAUUCUCCGUACAUCAUUAAUUUAGACCCAGCAGUGCAUCAUAUUCCUUACAAUUCCAAUAUUGAUAUUCGUGACACAGUCAAAUUUAAAGAGGUUAUGAAACAAUAUGGUUAUGGGCCGAAUGGAGCUAUCAUGACAUCAUUGAAUUUUUUCGCUUCACAAUUUCAUAAAGUUGUCGAUUUAAUCAACAGUAAUUCAAGCAAAGUUACGUAUGCUGUAAUUGAUACACCUGGACAAAUUGAAGUAUUCACAUGGUCGGCUUCAGGAACCAUUAUUACAGAAUUAUUAGGCAAUUCUUUUCCUACUAUUAUUGUCUAUGUAAUGGAUACGCCACGAAGUCAUAAUCCUAUCACAUUCAUGUCCAAUAUGCUUUAUGCUUGCAGUGUGCUGUAUAAGAUGCGCCUUCCGUUUAUAUUAGUUCUCAAUAAGACAGAUAUCAUAGAUUGUGAUUUCGCUAUUCAAUGGAUGAAAGAUUUUGAAAAAUUUCAAGACGCCUUAGCUGGUGAUCGUCAAUCAGGUGAUGGACCGUCUGAGUUGGAGGGGAUAGUUCAUCCACUUGUCCUGGCACUGUUGGAUGAAUUCUACAGUGACUUACGUUGUUGUGGUAUUUCAUCGAUAACUGGUGAAGGUAUGGCAAGAUUUUUGGAAGAGAUUAAUCAAGCUAAAGAGGAAUAUUUCAAGAUAUAUCUCCCGAGUCUAUUGGCCAAACAAGAAAAGUGUAAGAAAAAUAUAGAAGGUCAAUCAAACAACAGCAAAGUGAAAACCCACAAAUCUCGUUCAUCGAAGCAUGGAUCAAUGCUUGUGGACUUAGCUGGCAAUGAUGAUGAGGCCGAAAAGGAUGCACUAACUGACGUUGAUGGUGUAGAAAUGCGUCCACAAAGUGAUUCAGAUGAUGAUGAUGACGACGAUGAGGUUCUAGAAUCGAAAGACGUUACUUCUUUACGUAACAAAUUCCGACAAUCAUGCUCCGUUGAGCCAACUGCACCUACAAACUCUGAAACCUGA